AAGGUAGCAAACCCAGUACGGUUCUGAGUGUUAACAAACUCUUCGCAAUGGAAAAUCUAGCACUUCCCUAUCUCAAUGCUCUUACUGUGUUGCCUUUGAGUUUUCACAAAGAACAAAGCACAAAAUUAUUGGGGAAAGCUCGUCAUUUUAAAUCCGUGAAGCCAUCUUCUCUCAAACUUACACCAUCUGUUAGUACUCACCAUCCUAAUUCAGGCUGUGUCCGAAUGCAAGCUGGUGAGGAAGACUACGAAUUGAAGCAGAUGAGGGACAUGGCUGCUGCAAAGAAGAGAUGGGAUACUAUGCUCAGGGAAGGAAAAGUAAAGGUACUUACACCUAGGGAAGCUGGCUAUGCUAUUCAACUCUCUAACAAAACCUUACUUGAUGUUCGUCCCUCUUGUGAGCGUGAAAAGGCUUGGGUUAAAGGCUCAACCUGGAUUCCAAUCUUCGAUGUUGAUAAUGGAUUUGAUGCUGGAACACUUUCCAAAAAGAUCACAACUUUUGCCAUGGGUGGCUGGUGGAGUGGUGCGCCUACAUUAUCUUAUAACAAGCAGUUCUUAUCAAAAGUUGAGGAGAAACUCCCCAAAGAUACAGAUGUUAUUGUUGCAUGCCAGAAAGGAUUGAGAUCUCUAGCUGCUUGUGAGCUUCUAUACGAUGCUGGAUACAGAAACCUUUUCUGGGUUCAAGGGGGUCUUGAGACUGCUGAAGAAGAGGAACUUACCAGAGAAGGUCCUCAACCUUUGAAGUUUGCUGGAAUUGGAGGGGUUUCUGAGUUCCUUGGUUGGACAGAUCAACAAAGAGUUCAAGCCGCCAGGGAAGGUUGGGGUUACCGAUUACUGUUCUCUGCCCGUCUGGUUGGAAUCUUUGUCGUUGUUGAUGCCUUAUUUAUUGGUGCUCAACAAGUAGGUCGUUAUAUCCAAGACAUAAGAUCUCACUAAUAUUCAUUGGCUAGGCUUGAAGGUAGUUGAUUACAACAUUUGAGGGACGACACUACCUUAGUUCUGGUUCACUGCAUAGAAUCCAGAGAAUUGAUGAGGAUCCCAGUUUUGUAAGUUAGAGAAGUUCUCAAAGCGGUGACAAAACCUGCCAGUUGAAAAUUCAAAACCAAUUGUUUUAAUGCUAUGAGUUAGUUUUUCGGUGAUUGCCGUGGCCAUAACCUGUCACAUAGUGCUGGCUUGUAAAGAAAAUUUCCUUUCUUUUCUCUCUCUGUGUAUGUUACUGUGAAUUUUGUAGCCUUAAAUGUAUCUCUGUUAAAUUUA